AUGGUACUGGAAGAUGAUGAAGAAGAAGAUGAAGAAAUGAGAAGUGAAUACUCAAAUGUAGAUAAUGAUUUUGAUGGAACAAUGGAUGAUAAAAAUGAUGAUGAAUUAUAUCCGGAAAGUGAAGAAAAGAGACCGACUAGUAAAUAUUAUCGAAGUGAUGAAUAUGAAGUUAUUGGAAGUUUAAAUUUUUUAAAAAAUCCCGAUUAUAAAAGACCCGAGGGAAUAAUAGAAAUAUUAGAUAAUGAAAAUAAAUCGGAAUAUUUAGAAAAAAUUCUUAUGUGCGGAGUAAUUGUAUACGACAUAACAAAUGAUUUAUACUGUCAUCCUAGUCAAAUUGAAGAAGCCAAAUGGGUUGCAGAAUGUAGGAUAUUUUUAAUUUUUAACGAAAAAACACAACCGAAAUUUUUUGCCAAAUAUCAAGAUUGUCGUACAUUUAUUCUGGUAUCCACAUUACUAACGUGGGCAAAAACUAAACCGAUCGAUCCUGAUGAUCCAUCUCUGCCGUUUACCGAAAGAGAUUUUCGAAAGCGUAAACCUCAUUCGAAUUAUAAAAUUCACUGUCAAUUGGAAAAAAGAAUAACCGAACUUGGGAAGAAGUAUCCGAAAAAUUUUCGUACUGUUGUUAUCGGUGCUGGAAUACCUUACGGACACGAAGAAGACAUUUUACAUAUAUAUUUCAAAAUGGCGUGGUUGAAUUCUCCACAUUUACCCAUUUUCGGUUCUGGAAAAAAUAUUCUUCCCGUCAUACAUAUCGAUUCGUUAAGUUCGAUAAUUCGAAAUAUAAUUGAUGAUUUUCCUGAAAAAAUGUCUUAUAUUGUUGCAAUGGAUCCCCAAACUAUUACAUUAAAUGAAGUCGCUAAGCUUUUAGCUAAAAAUUUAGGAAAUGGUAAAGUACUUAAAGUCAAUAAAGAAGAAGCUUUUUUAUAUAAUGAAGUAGAGCAAAAAAUAUUUGAUAUGCUUACCGCCAAUAUAAAUAUUUAUCCAAAUUAUAUUAUGAAUAAAGAAAAUAUUGUCUGGGGUACGGAUCGUCCAUUUAAUGAAAACAUUAAAAAAUUAAUUGAAGAAUAUAAAAUAGCUCGUGGAUUAUUGCCAGUAAAAAUAUUUAUGCACGGUCCUCCUGCAAGUGGAAAAUCAUUCAUGGCUUCAAGAUUAUCCAAAUAUUAUGAUAUCCCUCAUUUACACGUGAAAAAAAUUAUUCAAGAUACAAUUCAAGAAAUGAAAGAUAAAAUACAAGCGAUUAAAAAUAAAAACGAAUCCGUCAAAGAAAAAGAUGACAAUGAUGAAAAUUUAGAAGAAGAAGAAGAUGAUGAAGAAGAAGAAGAGGAAGAAGAAGAUUUGGAUACGUUAGUUGCAAAGCUUGCGGAAAUAGAACAAAAUAUGAACAGCAGUGAAAAAAAGAGAUUGGAUGAAGAAUAUGUUAUUCAGUUUUUUAAAAAAAAAAUGAUGUCCAACGCUUGCUUAAACAAAGGAUUUGUUAUUGAUGGGUAUCCGAAAACGAUGGAAGAUACGAAAAAACUUUAUGAAGUUGAUGAAGAAACCCAAAUUGAAAAAGAUGCUGCUGAUGAUGAAGAACAAAUUGAUGUUUCUGCUUUGAGUAAUGCUUUGAUACUACCAGAAUACGUUGAAAGUUUGGAUGCGUCUGACGAAUACCUUAUUAAUCGCGUUAUCAAAAUGCCUGAAAAAAGCGUUUUAAAUUCUCAUUACGAAGAAGCUGAAAUGUGUCGUAGGUUGUCACAAUUUAGAGCGUUGAAUACCGAAGAUAACACUCCGCUUAUUUAUUACGACGAAUUAGAAAUUCAUCCGAUGAUAUACGAUAUAGAAAACGAUACGGAUCCUUUAAUGUCUUCAACGUUCAAAGCAAUCGUCAAUAGAAUCGGACCUCCUCGAAAUUAUAAUAAAUCCGUUGAAGACAUUAUUAACGAACAAAGAAAAUUUUGCGAGGAUCAAAUGAAAGAAAAUUUAAGACUUCAAAAAGAAGAUAUAAAAAAAAAAAAUGAAGAAAAAAGAGAAAAUAUUGAACAAUGGAUGCUUUUAAAAAAUCGAGAAUUAGAAAUGGAAGAAAAAGCUCUUUUGGUUAUGGGAAUGCCUCUUAGACAUUAUUUAAUGAAAUAUAUAUUUCCCACUUUGACUAGAGGUUUGGUUGAAGUUGCCAGACUACGACCCGAUGACCCCGUUGAUUUUCUUUCAGAAUUUUUAUUCCAAGAAAAUCCCGAAGGUAAAAUGUUUCAACCGAAUUUCGAAGAAAGAGAGAAAAAACUUGAAGAUGCACUUAAAGAAUAUGAAGGUUACAGUACGUCAUCAACCACUUCUGAACCAUUUAGUAGUACGAAAACUUAUUCGACUGAAAAAUCAGCUAAAAGUCACGCAAUAUCAAAAGUGUCAAGCUACAAAUGUUCGCUGGUGUCUAAAAAAUCAACAAAAAGCUCGAAAUCUAAACAGAGUCCGAGAUCUACGAAAAGUACAAAAUCUUCUAAAAGUACAAAAUCGAAAGCUGGUUCGAAAACUGAAUCUUGCACUUGUGCUAAAUCUCCGAGUCUUUCGACUUGUUCAUCAGAUAUUGAUCCUCCUACUCCCACGUCUUGCUCUUGUACAUUAUCAGAGAGUUACGAGACACCCGAAGACGAUGAACCUUUGAAAAGAAAAGGACAACCAGGAACUUGCAAAUGCCCUUGCGUAACUUAA